CUUGGCUGCACCACCCAGGCAACUUCCCUCUCAACCGCCUUUGAAAACUGACCUGGUUUUGGUGCCUUAAAAUACCCCAAACCCAAACCUCACCAUUCCAUCAAUCGAUGUAGACUAUUCUUUCUUGUUCCUAUUGAAUAUCAUUCUCUUAACCCGGCUAACAAGUUUUAGUUUUGCAGUUUUAGCUUUUGACUGCUUAUAUUGCUAUACUUUAAUGGAUACAUCAUCAGGAAACUCAAACUACAUCCAGUUUCUCUUGGUUGAUAUGAUCAUGUUGUCUCAUAGUUUGACAUUUUAUAAUAGCAUCAAAAGUUUUUUCUCAAGAUAUUGGUCUUUCCCACAAUCCCAGCAUGAACAUGGCAGCUCAAAGACAUCAGGUUGGGUGAAUAACCAGAAUGUUGAUCAUUCAAGCAAGGAAGUUUCAUCUACUCAGAAGAAAGAAGAUGGUGGGAGAGUGUACAGAAAAGAUGUGGAGGAGCUGAUGGGAAAGCUGGGACUUUUUUGCAGCCAAGAAAGUAAAAAGCUCAAUGAAUCAUUUGGUUCUGAUGAGCUUUCCAGGCUGUUUGAGGAAGAACCAAGCUUGGAAGAGGUGAAACAAGCUUUUGAAGUUUUUGAUGAGAAUAAAGAUGGGUUUAUUGAUGCAGAGGAGUUGCAGAGAGUUCUCCGUAUUUUAGGAUUGAAGGAAGGUCUCGAAAACUGCAACAAAAUGAUCAAAACCUUUGAUGAAGAUGGAGAUGGCAGAAUAGAUUUUCAGGAAUUUGUAAAAUUUAUGGAGAACAGUUUUUGCUGAAUCAGCCCUUUGUCUUCUUUUUUUUAAAUUUUAUAAUAUAAAGUCUCAUAAUAUUCAAAAUAUAUCUAUUAUUUUGAGUUUUGACCUCUAUUUCUUGUUGUGGUUUUGAUAUAUUUGAUUUUUCUUUUAAUUUUUUUGUUGUAAUUGUGAUUAUGUCUAUUAUUAUCAGAAAUUAGCAUUACCAGCA